UUUACACACAUGGGUGUUUACACGCACACAUUCAAGGUGUUACAUCCAUAACAGAUGACGUCGAGAGACAAACUCUGACGGAUCCGGAUGUGGACGUGGCACAAAGUUGCUGUGUUUCCGGCGCGAAUGUCACCGCGGUGCUAAUGCAGCUUCGACUGUAGGAAUCGAGUAAAAGAGAAGGAUUAACAGAACUAGCUAGCGGUGAUUCUCUGCAGUUGUUCUCGCAUAUGUUUUAGAUCGACUGUGGAUCUCAGUAAUCCACCAGAAGGAGGGAUUUUGCUUUGAAGUGUCUAUUUAAAUAUCGGUUUAUAUCGGAGCUUCAGUGAUGAACUGAAAAUGAAUGUCAACCAGCAACCUCACAUGGCCUCUCCUUAUGGGCAGCCACAACCCGGCUACCAGGGCUACGCCCAGCCCGCUUACGGGGGUCAACAGGUGCCAGGAGGUUAUGCAGCUCCAUACAAUGGGCCUGCCUCUAAUUACCAAUCAGGCCCACAUCAAGGUUAUUCUCCUUAUGCAAGCUUUCCCUCUAAGGCUCUUACUGCAAACUUAGUUACUGACCUGUCCUCUUCCUCUCCUGUUGACUUGGGUAUGAGAGGACCUCCAACAUCCGAUGCACCUCCAGUGUCUGCUGCUCAGCCAUAUUCUCAGUUUGGGCAGGGUGAUGUACAGAAUGGACCACCACCACCUAUGGGUGCCCCUUCACAGAGGCCACCGGUGUCUCAGCCAUACACUCAAGGGGCAAUGAACCUGUCUGGUCCUCAGCCUACAUAUAACCAGUUUGGAGUGCCACCAACCGGUGUGCAGCAGAUGACCAAUCAGUUGGGAGGCAUGCAGAUUGGAACCACCGUUCCCUCCCCUGUUGGCCCAGGCUAUGCUCCACCUGUCAGCUCCCAGGCUCCCGCCGCUACACCUUAUACACCCUCAGCUCCACCUUCCUCUGUAGCCCCGAUGUCCACUGGUCCUGUUCGUCCCCCACCUAUCCAGGGAACCCCAAACACUCCAUCUCAGUCUUACUAUGGAGCUUCUAAUCCUCCUCAUCAGCCUUUUGCAUCAGCAGCCCCAGCUUUCUCCACUGCUCCUGCCCCACCUCUGGCCUCUCAGCAGACUGCCCCUUUUGUCCCUCCUGCACAGUCUCAGUUUUCUUCAGCACCACCUCCAGCUGCCACUUCAUCAUUUGGAGCUCCUCCACCCCCAGGGCAAGUCUCUUACCCUAGACCACCCCUUGCCACUUCUCAGCCUUCUGCUUUCACUGGUGGGCCUCCACCCACGUCCACCCCAUCUCAGUACCAGGAAGGCAUACCACCCUUGUCUCAACCUUCACCUUUCAAUUCUGGUCUCCCCCCUCCACCAACUAGCGCUGCUGGAUUUCCACCCCAAGGGGGUGCUCCACCCAGGCCCUCGCAUCCAGGCAUGCAGGGCCCACCUAUGGCCUCUCAGGGGCCUCCAAUGUCCCAAGCCAACCAUGUUGGUCCUCCACAGCCUGGUAUGUUCCCUGGGGCUGCAGGAAUGCCUCCACAGCAGCCAGGAAUGCAGGGCUAUCCACCUCAGCAAAAUGGUGCUUUUGGACAGAGAGCUCCUCAGCCCACCUUUGGCGGACCAUAUCCUGGACAACAGGGCUAUGGAGCUCCAUCCGUUGCACAAGCCCCUGCUCCUCCUGCACAGAAGAGACUUCAUCCGGACUCCAUUCCUAGCCCGAUCCAGGUGAUCGAGGAUGACAAAGCAAACAAGGGCAGUGAACUUUUCAUCACUGGGGUCAGAGGUCAAGUCCCACCCCUUGUCACUACAAACUUUCAGGUUAAAGACCAAGGAAAUUCGAGUCCCCGCUAUAUCCGCUGCACAGCCUAUAACAUACCAUGUACCUCAGACAUGGCCAAACAGUCCCAGGUGCCGCUGGCUGCAGUCAUCAAACCCCUGGCUACUCUCCCUUCAGACGAGAGUCCUCCUUAUAUUGUUGACCAUGGAGAAGUUGGUCCCAUUCGCUGUAACCGCUGUAAGGCCUACAUGUGUCCCUACAUGCAGUUCAUCGAGGGAGGGCGGCGCUUUCAGUGUGGCUUUUGCAGUUGUGUCACAGAAGUGCCUCCUCAUUACUUUCAGCAUCUGGACCACACAGGAAAGCGUGUAGACUGCUACGAGCGCCCAGAGCUCUCUAUGGGCAGCUAUGAGUUUGCAGCCACAGUGGAUUACUGUAAGAACAAUAAGAUUCCUCAGCCUCCUGCAUAUGUCUUCUUGAUUGAUGUGUCAUACAAUGCUGUGAAAAGCGGCAUGGUCAGCAUUGUAUGCCAGGAACUUAAGAGCUUGUUGAACUACUUACCCAGAGAGAACCCCAAUAUGGAGUCCAAUGUUCGAGUAGGAUUUGUAACCUACAACAAAGUCCUGCACUUCUACAAUGUGAAGGCCUCUCUAGCCCAGCCUCAGAUGAUGGUAGUAUCAGAUGUGGCCGACAUGUUUGUACCUCUGCUCGAUGGAUUUCUGGUCAAUGUAUCAGACUCCAGGGUUGUCAUUGAAAGUUUGUUGGACCAGAUUCCUGAGAUGUUUGCUGACACACGAGAGACAGAGACAGUAUUUGCCCCUGUUAUCCAGGCAGGACUGGAAGCCCUAAAGGCUGCAGAUUGUGCUGGAAAGCUGUUCGUCUUCCACACUUCUCUGCCCAUUGCUGAGGCUCCUGGCAAGCUGAAGAACAGGGAGGAUAAAAAACUUGUGGGCACAGACAAGGAAAAGUCAUUAUUCCAGCCCCAGAUAAACUUCUACGCUAACCUGACAAAGGAAUGUGUAGCACAGGGCUGCUGUGUGGAUCUGUUCCUCUUUCCUAAUCAGUAUGUGGACGUGGCGACGUUAGGAGUGGUGCCCACCUCAACAGGAGGUUCCAUUUACAAAUACACAUAUUUUCAGGCGCAGUCUGAUCAGGAACGCUUCCUGAAUGAUCUGAGAAGAGCUGUUCAGAAGCAGAUGGGCUUUGAUGCAGUGAUGCGUGUCCGCACUAGCACUGGUAUCAGAGCCACAGACUUUUUUGGCUCAUUCUACAUGAGCAACACCACAGACGUAGAGCUGGCAGGUCUGGAUUGUGACAAGACGGUCACGGUAGAGUUCAAACAUGACGACAAGCUCAGUGAGGAGACUGGUGCUCUUAUCCAGUGUGCUGUCCUGUACACCAGUUGUAGCGGUCAGCGGCGACUGCGUGUCCACAAUAUGGCAGUGAACUGCUGUGCCCAGCUGUCUGACUUGUACAGGAACUGUGAAACAGACACCAUAAUAAAUUUCUUUGCUAAAUCUGCAUUCCGCAGUGUUCUGAACCACCCUACCAAGAAUGUGCGGGACAGUCUAGUCAACCAGUGUGCGCAGAUCCUGGCAUGCUAUCGCAAGAACUGUGCUAGCCCCUCUUCUGCUGGACAGUUGAUUUUACCAGAGUGCAUGAAGCUGCUCCCUGUGUAUCUGAACUGUGUAGUGAAGAGUGAUGUGCUGCAACCUGGGGCAGAUGUUUCACUAGAUGAUCGUGCCUACCUGAGACAGCUGGUCAGCGCUAUGGACGUGGCUGAGAGCCAUGUGUUCUUUUAUCCACGCCUGCUUCCAAUGCACGAGUUGGACGUAGACAGCGACGCUCUGCCUGCGGCAGUGAGGGAUUCAGAGGAAAGACUGUCCAAGGGUGGCAUGUACCUGCUGGAGACAGGCCUGCAACUCUUCCUCUGGGUGGGGGCUAACACACAGCAGGAACUCCUCCAGAACAUCUUUGGCACCCCUGCCUUCAGUCAAAUCGACCCCAGCAUGACGUCUUUGCCGGUGCUGGAUAAUCCAUACUCCCAGAGGCUGAGGGAGAUUAUUGAAACGUUCCGUGUGCAGCGCUCUCGCUACAUGAAGCUGAUUGUAGUAAAGCAGGAGGACAAACUGGAGCUCAUCUUCAAGCACUUCCUCGCAGAGGACAAGAACAACAGCGGCGGUUCCUCCUACGUGGACUUCUUGUGUCACAUGCACAAGGAGAUUCGCCAGCUCCUGAGCUAGGAACACCCCGCUUCUCUCUUUUUUUAUUUGGCAUAUUAAAAUCUGUCCUCCCCUCAUCUCUACUCUAAUGUAACCUCCUCCAGAGUGAGGGACAAAAUCACUUCUCUCUAUGCUCUGUCACAUUCUGGUGUGUCUUGUUUCGGUUUUGGGGAAGGUGUGUGCGCACGUGUGUGCGCACAUGUGUGUAAGCAAGAGUGUGUGGAUGAAUUCAUUACGAAUGGAUGUAUGAGAGAUGUUUUCUGUGAGCCACCAAUCCCCAUAACUGAAGGAACUGAUGAUCCAGCAGAAAUCAAAUCAAAAGCUGAGGUGCAGGAUUCACAUUGUGUUGAUGAGGAUGCAGGUGAACGGGCUAUAAAUGUGUGUGUGUGUGUGUGUGUGGACUGUGUGGAAACACUUGCCCUGCACUGUAGCUGCUAGUAGACAGCAUUAUUGAUUCAACCUGAUUUUCUUAACAGUGAAAUACAAAAUUCUGAACGUAGAAUGAACGUAGACAAAUUAAUGCUUCUGAAUAACUUAUUGCUUUCCAUCUUUUGUUUUCUUUCCCUUCCUACGUAUUAUCCAUGGUCUUGCGUACCCCAUCUCAUUUUUCACUCACAAUCCCCCCCAGUCUUUGUGUUGUUUUUUUUGUCAUUCUAAGCUUCAUUUUAAAGUGUGCAACGUCCCUUUGAUGGAGAUUAUUUCAUAAGCAGAGUGUUCUGGUGUGCCGUUUACUGUCCGUACGUCUAACUGUUCUGAUAUAACACUCACUAUAAAAAUUCUAUGCAUCAGCUUAGUCUGGAAUGUAUACCGAUGUAAUGGAGAGAGCCUGAUGCCUCGAUUCGUCUAGUAGACACUUAAGGGCCGUUUUCAGCCUCUGUUUUAGGUGGUUAUUCAUAUAGCGGGAGCUCUGAGAAUGGAUGUAGGAUUCUCCUAUUGUGGAGAGUGUAUGGGUCCUACUAGAAACUUCUGACUGGCCAGAUGAGCACACAUAAGCCAACUGGUUAGACUUAAUACAGUUGAGCUUCUUGUAAAGAGGAUGGGAAUUGUAGUCCAGGUGGUAGCAGAAAGCUUCAGUACUAGAGCAUUUAUUGCCGCACCAAUCAGCAUUCACAACAGUAGCAAUCCCUCACCUUGUCAUGUUGCUGGUGGGUAUGGCUGCCAGUCAUUCAGCCUAAUAAGUAUAGCUUGGCUGUAGCAAAUUGAACAUGACUGGUGUUUUGGAUGCCUUGAAACAAGGUCUGUCUCAGUUGUGUGUUUUAACCACAACUGACUGUUUUAUUGACACCUGGCAACCUGACGUAUAGCUAAUGUUUGUUCUUUUGUAAUAUGCUGCAUCUUUUAAACAACAGACUGUUUGGAUCUUUGUAACAAAAGCAGCUAACCUAAGUGACGAAAUUGACACUUCAUUGCUGCUGCUGUGAACGCAUGGGUAACAUCUGUAUGUGGCCACUGGUGCAUCCCAAAAAAUUGGCCUAAAAGUACUGUAAUGCAGGGUUUUUUGUUUGUUUGUUCCUCUUUUCUCUUUUAGGUUAUGACCCAGUGCUAACCUGUAUCAUGCAUCAUGGAUUAUUUUACAAUCAGAUAUUAUUUUCUAAAUCUCAUGUGAAGAGUUAUAAUCCUGGGGCAGAAGGGUUACAGUGCUGGCUUCCACCGACCUAAACCCGGCUGCCUCUGUCCUUACCAUCUUUCUAUUGAUUAUUAUCUUUGUACAAUAAAAGCAUAUAGAACGGGUGGCGGGAGGGAUUUACAACUGCCUAUUUUUGAACCAUUUUUAAGCAUGUGCAGGAUUGUGAUCUGAAAAGCAAUCAACACCAAAUAUCUUGUCAUCACAUUUAUAACAUGUACAUAAUUAAAAUCACAUUUUAAAAAGGAUGUUCGGUUAGUGUGCUUUGUUGGAGGGUUUCAGCUAGUACAAGUGACUCAUUAUAGUACCUACGAACACUUAGAAUGGAAGAGUUGCACCAUCCUAGACUUUUUUUCCUCAUUGUUGAGCCAAGUCCUCAACAGCAGAGGUUCCUAACCACCAUGACAGAGACUGGUUUCUGGUCCAUGAAUCAUCUGAGCUUAUUAAUCUUAACCUCAUAAUCAAACUGCUUUUUAACAAAACUAACAUGUAUACACUGGCCAGUGGUAGCUCAGUGGUUGAGGUACUGGAUCAGUGAUCAUUAGGUCGCUUGUUCAAACCCCACCUCCACCAAGUUGCACUGUUGGUCCCCAAACUCUCAAAUUCUUGUUGUAUUCAGUCAUAAGUCGUUUUGGAUACAAGUGUCUGCAAAGUGUUCGAGCUUUAAGAUGAUCGCUGACGGGAGGGUGUGUCUUACUGUCCUACUGUAAUCUCAACCGUAUGUACAAAAUCAGAUCCUUGUGAAAUUCUUUUAGAACGGAGGGAUCUGCCUUUAAAUAUUGACUUGUCCUAUUCUGUUUUUUUUUGUAAUUAUUUGUACCAUCUCCAUGCCUGCUUUUGCACCAUAUCGCACUUCAUCACCAGUGUUUGUGGUUUUAAUUUAGAAUUCAUGACACGUUUUAUCCCCCCCUUCAAUUCUGAAUAAAUACCUACAUUUAAAAAAACAAAAAUCGUUGGCUCUUCCAAUGUAAUAAAUCCAGUUAUUAUAUCAGAACCUUUGGAAGCAAUCUGAUGUAACAGUGUGCAUUGUUUCUGAUAUUAACUUUAUUAGAAAUUGUAUGUGCUCAGAAAUGGCAUUACAGGAGAAGUUUGACAAAGAGAUGACCAAUAAAAAUGGACUGUUAAAAUAUGAAACCUCCUGUUUUCACACUUUACAGUCACUACACUCAUCUAAACAACAUUGACUUGUUGGCAGUGUCUCUCUAAAAUCCAAAUAUACACCUUGGCGUUGCUGGAACCUUUACACAUAUCCAAGUCACCCAUGUUGUGGUCACUGAUACCCCCCGCCUCCACCCAUACCACAAGAGAUGCUGGUUUUCCAGUCUUGAGAUUCCCAAAAUUAUGUCACAGUAUUAGUUUGUGAAAGACCCUGAGUCAUUUGCAAUAUUGCGCUUAGACAUUUUUUUUUAAUUUUUCUCAGGAACUUGGUAUAAAGUAGUGAGCCACAACCCAUCUUGGCUUUUGUCAGUUAAAUAAAGGUUCAUGAGAAUUAACAAA